UGCACCGGUGCUCUGAGAGUUCCCGGUCGGCCGCUUUUACCAUCAGCACAACAUUAGCUCGUUAGCUACAGAUUUGACACGAGACCAGAAGAAACAGAGCUGUGUGUCUUUGGACAGAAUGGAAUCAACGAUGAAGAAGGAAGCCGAGAAUGUCUGUGUGCUCUGCUGCCAAGAGAUCGCUAUUUUCGCCGUGGGGAAGUGUGACCAUCCGGUGUGUUACCGGUGCUCCACCAAGAUGCGGGUGCUGUGCGAGCAGAAAUACUGCGCCGUCUGCCGAGUGGAGCUGGACAAGGUUAUAUUUGUUAGGAAACUUCAGCCCUUUGCUGCUCUCGCUCCCCAUGAAUACCAGGCUGAGAAGAAAUAUGACAUCUACUUCGCUGAUGGGAAAAUCUUUGCACAGUUCAGGAAGAUUUUGCUUUCCGAAUGUCCGCAAUGUCCUGAGCCGAAAGUGUUCUCCAAAUUUGAGGAGCUGGAGCAGCAUAUGAGAAAGCAGCAUGAGCUAUUUUGCUGCAAAUUAUGUGCUAAGCACUUGAAGAUAUUCUCCUAUGAGAGGAAAUGGUACAACCGCAAAGAACUGGCUCGCCAUCGAACGCAAGGGGACCCGGACGACACGUCUCAUCGUGGACAUCCGCUUUGUAAAUUUUGCGAUGACCGUUAUCUGGAUAAUGACGAACUGCUCAAGCACUUAAGGCGAGACCACUACUUUUGCCAUUUCUGUGACGCGGAUGGAGCACAAGAAUACUAUUGUGAUUACCGCGAUCUCAGUGAUCACUUCAGAGAAAGCCAUUUUCUGUGCGAGGAAGGUCGCUGCAGUACAGAGCAGUUCACGCAUGCUUUUCGGACAGAGAUUGACUACAAGGCCCAUAAAGCUGCUGCUCACAGUAAGAACCGGGCUGAGGCGCGGCAAAACCGGCAGAUUGACAUACAGUUCAAUUACGCCCCACGCCAGCAGAGAAGGAACGAAGGUCUGGUGAAUGCUGAUGAUUAUGAAGAAGUCGAUCGGUUCAACAGACAAGGACGCUCGGGAAGAGGAAGACCCCAGGGGUUACACCAUAAUGUAAGAAGCUGGAGGUACAAUAGAGAGGAAGAGGACAGGGACCUUGCUGCUGCCAUUCAGGCCUCACAGGCUGCACGGCGACAGGCCGAGAGAGGACAGGCUCAUGAGAGAGGAGGCCAAAAACCACGUAAAGAGGAGACAGUGGAGGGCGAUGAGUUAAGAGGCAAUCGAGGCGCAGUCAAACCUCCUACUGACAUGCAAGUUCGAUCGACGAAGAACAAUGUCCCUCUAAAGGGUGAAGACUUCCCAGUAUUAGGAGCUGGAGCACCACCACCACCAAUUCAUCCAAUUCAUAACAUGGUGAAACCCACUCCUGUCUCACUGAAAGAAGAUGAUUUCCCUAGCCUGGUGCAUUCUGGCACAAUGGGUUCAGCCCCGAUGACCCCAGCAUAUGUGUCACAAACUAGAAAACCUUCAUCUUUCCAAGAGGAAGACUUCCCAGCACUUGUCUCAAAGAUCAAACCUCAAAAGCCUCAGGAGAAUAAGACAUCUGCUUGGUCCCAAGUAGGAAGUAAAUCUGGCAUGCUCGGUAAUAAUAAGCCUGUGGUUCUGCCGACGAAGACACACUCGCACUCUGCCCCUAUGUUUUCCGCUAGUGACCCACCACCUUCCUCCACUAUUCCUCAGGCUCAUGCGCUUCGCGGCAAGAAGAAGCCCACUCUGCAGAACGCCAAAACUACAUCCAAAGUCAAAUCUCCGGUCUCCUCAGAUGAGGAGGACCCUGAAACAGGCAAAAUGCUUCAGGAGGUUAGUGCUGUGCCUACCAUGUUAGACAUCUCCUCUCUGCUUACAGUGAAGACUGGAUUCUCACAGCCUAGUAACAAAAAUAGAAAGAAGAAGAAACAGCCUUCAGCAACGCCUUCUGAGACGUCCGCUAAUAACGUGGAAUUGGUUACCACGGCUCACAAAGAAAACGUACCUGAGACCAAGCCACCAGACGCUAGUGUUCCUAAAGGCAGCGUGGUCCCCAAAUCAAAUAUGUUUAUAAAUGGAUACAAGGACAAACCUAAGGAAACUAAGGACCCAAUCAUUCCUGAAGAAUCUCCUGCCCCUAAAAAGCAGCCCAUCGCCGAACCACCUGCUGCACCUGAAGAAGAGGAUUUCCCUGCUCUUGUUACUAAGAAACCUCCACCUGGAUUUAAAAACACAUUUUCCAUGAAGAAUGUACAGACAACGCUGCCUCCUCCCCCUCCUGGCCUGGGGCCUGUGGUCAGCAAACCUCCUCCGGGAUUCACCGGUGUCCCACUCAACAGUAACGUAGCAGAAUGCACAGUGCCGGUGUUUAACAGACCAGCAUCCUCACUUGGAACGUACCACAUGCCUGAAAACUUCAAGCAGAGGAACAUGGACCUAAUUCAGUCAAUACAGAACUUCCUUCAGAAUGAUGAAUCCAAGUUCAAUGAAUUCAAAAACUAUUCAGGCCAGUUCAGACAGGGUUUAAUUUCUGCUGCUCAGUACCACAAAAGCUGCCACGAGCUGCUGGGAGGAAACUUCAACAGGGUUUUCAAUGAGUUGCUGGUUCUUCUUCCAGACACACAGAAACAACAGGAGCUUCUCACUGCCCAUGCAGACUUUAAAGCCAUGGAGAAACAGCAGCCAGGCUCCAAAGGCAAGAAGAACAAAAAGAAAGCCUGGCAAACAUGUACCUCUAACAAUAGUCUAGACUUGGACUGCCAAGUGUGUCCUACCUGCAAGCAGGUACUGGCUCCAAAAGACUUCAAUGCCCAUAAGACCCUGCAUAUUGGAGAAGAUGACUUUCCUUCUCUCCAGGCUAUAAGCAAGAUUAUCAGUUAGCUGCCAAAAAACGAGGGCACUACUCUGACAGAUGAAAAGAUGUGGGGUGUUUUUUCUAGAGUCAGAGAUGUUUAAGACAACGAGGGUCAUGUGCAGUGCAGCUGUAGUGUGUAGAGAACAGGGUGCCCAACUCUAGUAUUGGUGACUUCCUGGUUUUCCAAGAUGCCUAAUUUGGCAAACUUGUUAAUCACCGGGUUUAUUUAUGCCGUAUCACAUACUACGAGUUACACACCGCUAGGUUUGAAAUAUUCCACCAAUUAUUUGGAGGAGAAAUAAAAUACUUGAGAUUGAAAUGGUUUUGAGGGGAGACAUCUGCUUUUGGAGUACUCAUUAUUAUUAUUAUUAUUAUUAUUAUUAUUAUUAUUAUUAUUAUUGUAUAAUACAUUUUCCUAAUCCCACAUCUCUGGAUUAAUGGGUGACAUUUUCAUCAGGUUUGUACACAUGCUUUAAGCAUGCUAAUUUUCUAAAUCUAGACGCUGCAUUCGAUCUUGUCCCCCAACAUUUAUUUAUGGAGUUCUUUUCAUUAGAGCAUCGUCACUCACCUGUUUCUCAAGUCAACAAAUAAUAAAGAGGUUAUACACACAUACAUACUGUAUAUCUCUGGAUGGAGGAAAAUUCUGAGAGUAAAAAGUGUGCAAGUGCCUAACAAAUGCCUCGUCUCUGACAAAGGGCUUUUUUGAGUUGAUGAAAUCAAAGGAAUGGAGUACUUGCACCAUUUCAUUUCCGUGUUACGCUACACAGUCACUGUGGCACCUCAGCACUUGUUUCCAUACUUCGUUUUUAGCUUUCACCGUUAUUUAUUUAGGAAUUAGUUUUAUUUAAGGGGACUAAGCAUUUAUCAUCACAAAAAAAAAAAAAACACGUGACCACAAAUCUCUAUUUUUCAUAACCUCUUUUUGUAUAAAAACAUCAGUCCGAAUUUGCAAUAAUAAUGCAGCUGAUGCAGAUUUAAGGCACUGACGUCUGGAGUUAAAUGGAAGAACAAACGCACAUUUCUCAUUGACUGCAGGGUAAAACUCUUUUUCUUUCUUUCUUUCUUUCUUUCUUUUUUUUUUUACUGCGCCCAGCAUCUGCACUUCUCCUGCUUUUUGUACGACUCUGUUCAUUUCUGCAAACGCACUGGAGAGUGAAUAUGCUUUCCUGUGAACUUCUCUUUUGAUACCGUUAAUAACUGAAUGUUAUGUGACUUUGUGAUCUAGUUCUGUUUUACACAGCAAUGAGGGGGGGGGGGAGAGAAAUAUUUACCUACAGAUUAAUGAUGUACAGGUGGCUCCUAAAAGAAUCAAAUUAAAUACAUAAUCUAUUUAUUAUUAUUAUUAUUAUUAUUAUUACUAUUAUUUUUUAUUAUUAUUAUUAUCUGAACAUGCUUUGUGAAAAUCAUGCAAGUUUCACAGAUCUCAUGGAAAAAAAAAACAUAUCUUUUUUUUUUAUUUGAAUGAAGACUGCAGUCCAAACACAUUUGUAUUGACAACAGUAAGUCUUUUGUGUACAGCAUUUAACAUACAACAUGGGAUAUGAUGCCAGAGGUUGCACUAGAAUGUAACGUUCAUUUUCAGGCCCGUAUUUAUAAUCCUUUACGUCUUGUGCGUAGGAUGCACUUGAGAGGGUUAGAGAGAGAGAGAGAGAGAGAGAGACAAAAAAAAACACAAGCA